CCCAGAUGCCCCAGUGAGUUUUGUCCCCACUCCAGACCAGAGGGGCAUCCAAGCAGUCAUUCUUGGGAAUAGGGGGAGGAGGAGGGGUUUCUUCAAAGUCUCUCGGGCAUCUUAGGACAGACUGGACCGGUUGGCCCGCCCCCGUGGGGCCGAGCGGCGAGUGGAGGUAGAAGGUCUGGCCAUCCUGCACCUGCCCGUGGUUCUGGGCAGGAAGCCGGGUGCUCACCGGCUCCCUGAUUCCCAGGAGACCCACCCUGGGGGCUGCAGCUCUGUCCAUGGCAUUCACUGAGCUCUUGGAGCAGGCGGUGGGCGUGGGGCUCUUCCAGGCCCUCCAGAUCCUCACCUUCUUCCUCUUCUCGGUCUGGGUGCCCUUCCAGUUAGUCGUGGAGAACUUUUCAGCUGCUGUCCCAGGCCAUCGCUGCUGGGCUCACCUGCUGGACAAUGGCUCCGGGGCCCCUGCCAACCUCAGCCCCGAGGCCCUCCUGCCUAUCUCCAUUCCGCCGGGCCCCAACCGUGGGCCCCACCAGUGUCUCCGCUUCCGCUACCCACAGGGGCAGCUCCUGGACCCCAACGCCACGGCCACCAACUGGAGCGAGGCCGACACGGAGCUGUGCAUGGAUGCUGGAUCUACGAAUGGCUGGAUCUACGACCACAGCACCUUCACCUCCACCAUCGUGACUGAGUGGGACUUGGUGUGUGAGCACCAAGGCCUGAAGCCCCUAGGCCAGUCCAUUUACAUGGCUGGGGCCAUGGUUAGAUGCAUCGUCUGUGGCUUCCUCUCCCACCGGUUUGGGCGGAAGCCAGUUCUGAGCUGGUUCUGCCUGCUGGUGGCCGUGACCAGCAUCAGCACCGUCGCUGCCCUCAGUUUCCCCGUCUACUGUGGCCUCCGGUUUCUGAGCGCUCUGGGGUUGUCCAGCAUCCUCCUGACCUCCACGAUGCUCAUGGUGGAGUGGACCAUGACCAGCACAAGGGCCGUCACCAUGGUGAUCCUGGGGUCCACCUACAGCAUCAGUCAGAUGGCCGUGGGUGGCCUGGCCUUUGCCCUGCAAGACUGGCGAACCCUCCAGCUGGCCAUGUCAGUGCCUUUCUUUAUCACCUUCCUGAUAUCCUGGUGGCUGCCAGAAUCCGCCCGAUGGCGGAUUAUCAUAGGCAAACCAGAUCAAGCGCUUCAGGAACUCAAAAAGGUGGCCAAGAUAAAUGGCCACAAGGAAGCCCAGAAGACACUGACCAUAGAGGUACUGAUGUCCAGCAUGCAGGAGGAGGUGGCCUCUGCGAAGUCCCGCCAGUCAGUGCUGGACCUGUUCCGCCUGCCCGUCCUCCGCUGGAGAACCUGCAACUUGUUGGUGGUGAACUUCUUCCUCACCGUCUCAUACUACGGGAUAGUCCUCGACCUGCAGAACCUGGGGAGCAACAUCUUCCUCUUUCAGGUCCUCUUUGGAGCCGUGGACCUCCUGGCCCAGGCCAUCACCACCUUCCUGCUCAGGUUCUUCGGCCACCGCGCGACCCUGGCUGACUCCCUGGCUGGGGCCGGCCUCGCCAUCUUGGCCAACACGCUGGUCCCGCAAGACCUGCAGACCCUGCGUGUGGUCUUCGCUGUGCUGGGAAAGGGGUGUUUUGGCCUCAGCUUAACCUGCAUCAUGAUUUACAAGCCAGAACUCUUCCCAAUUUCACUGAGGAUAAUCGCAGAAGGCUUCCUGUACUCAGCAGCUUGGCUGGGGUCUGUGAUGGGCCCGCUGAUCAGGAUGACCUGCCAGGUCCUGCCCCUGCUGCCCCCACUCUCCUGUGGUGUCAUCCCCAUUGCUGCCAGCCUCAUUGUCUUCCUCCCGGAGACCCGUGGACUUCCACUCCCUGACACCAUCCAGGACCUGGAGAGACAGAGGUCAGCAGCAGCCAGGGGAGGCCAGCAAGAGGUGGUCAUUACAGAAAGCACCUGGUUCUAGAAAUUCAGCCUGCAGGAGUCCCACGGGCCAAAGAUCCCCUCCGGAGGGAAUCGCCUCGUCUGUGAUCAGAAAGCAGAAGUGAUUUGGGCAGCCUUGAGGGUUUGGCAUGCCUGAGUGAGCAGCGUGGCUGUCUGCUGAGGCUGAAAGCAGUAUCACCCCUUUCUUCUGCUCUCCCAGCCCUGCCAGACUUCCCACCCACCUCAGCCCUGCAGGAGCCCCCGGCAGACGGACACGCCCGGCCUGGAUGUCCCAGGUCCUCUUCGUUAACACGAUGGGUCCUCUCUCUUCCCCGCCAGGGUCUUGUCUUCACACCUUCACUCGGCCACCCCCUUCUCCUCACUUCUCAGAACCUGGUGCUGCGGGUUCUCACCUCCCAGCUUCCAAAGUAGAUCGUAGGGAAUCCAGACCAACCUGGAUUCCAGCCUUCCCCUUGCUACUCACACGGCCACAUCAGUUAAACAGAGCUCAGGGAAUCUGCCUCCCCCAAAAGUUAGUGGAUCUUAGCACAGACCAGAAUCCAACAGAUAGAAGCUGCUACGGGAGCUGUCAGGAACAGGCAUUCCGGCGUGCACUGCCCUGGGCACCAGCAGAGGAGGCACAUGGAGCUGAAACCCAGCCCAGGCUGCCCGAACCCAGCCACUUACCCUAAGAGAGGCUGGCUUCACUCUGAGCAAGUGGAUGUUCAGUCACCUUCUGUUAACCCUGCUGGCGAGGGAGGCCUCCCGCCCUUUGGUCCCGUCGUUACAAGGGAAGGGCCAACCUAACACUGCACAGAUGGAGGGACACAGUUUAUUAUUCACACAUACUCACAGCCCUGGGAGGUCGACACUGUGUACGUACCACGAAGGGUCACAAG